GAAAAAAAUUGACCUUAAAAACAGGAUGCAUGUACACACAGUAAUGCACAGAAUUGUUCUUGUAUGGGCAUUGAUUUUUUUGAUUGCAGAAAUGAAAGGCGAUGGACAAGUAUCCGACGAUGAUUCCGUGACGGCGGGGCCUUCAGGCGGCAGUGUUACGCUGAAAGAUUUGCGGGAAAAAAUGGCAGAGUUUGCGAGGGAGAGAAACUGGGAUCAGUUUCAUACGCCCCGUAAUCUUCUUUUAGCUCUCAUGGGGGAAGUAGGUGAACUGUCUGAAAUUUUCCAGUGGAAGGGAGAAGUUCCAAAAGGGCUUCCAGACUGGAAUGCUUCAGAGAGGGAGCAUCUUGGGGAAGAGUUGUCGGACGUUCUACUUUAUCUGGUCAGACUUGCAGACAUCUGUGAUGUUGAUCUCGGUGAAGCAGCUCUGAGGAAAAUGAGGAAGAAUGAACUCAAAUAUCCAGUGGAGCGGUGCAAAGGCUCAUCAAAGAAAUACACCCACUACAGCAAUGGAGUGAAUGGCAAUGGAGUAGAUAAACUUUAAGAAGUUACAGAGAACUUCAAAAUGUACCUUAUUAUACAAUGAUCAAUGUACAUUUUCCAUUUUAUUGCUGAAGAAAUUUGUACAAGUGCUUUUCCUUCAGCAUUCUUACACAAGGGGGAUUGAUAAACUACAAAUGGGCCUUAAGCAAAUCAUGCCUUCUUUUCAAUGCAUCUGUGUAUGAAUUGAUCUU